AUGUGCAAACACAUUCUCAACGCCCAAGUCGCCAUCCGGUCACCCUGCUGCCGGAAAUGGUUCGACUGCGCAGAGUGCCACCAGGAGCAAGAAACCCAUACUCUCAAGCAGAGCAUGGAAAUGACCUUUGCCUGCAAAAAGUGCAAAAAGGUCUUCCGCAAAGACGCCGAAGAGUUUGACGAGAGCGACGAAUACUGCCCCCACUGCGAUAACCACUUCGUCAUCGAAGCCAAGACCCCCAAGGCCGCCUUGACCAUUGAGGGCGACGAUGUCAGAAUGAACAACAGGCUGCUGAAGGACGAAAGAGUAAAGCAGGAUGGCAUGAGGACCAUCUUUGACCCAACACCAGAGGCCGACAAGCUUGGCUGA